ACAAUGCCCACUAUGCCUUUGACAUUACAGGAAGCAUGAUCGAUCGUAUUACAGUGUUCUGCAGCAGUGCCCAGGAGUUACAGGAAUGGUUAGAACACCUUCAGCCCUUUACCAAAGGAGGCAGCCCUGCAGGCACCAUCUCAAAGACUGUAGAAGGCAAACCACUGAGCAUGGUCGGUACCCCCACUCACCUGUCCCACCUGGGCAGCCUCAGCGUUGUCAGUCGCGGCCCCCUGGAACAGCCGAAGAUCAGCAAGCCCUGGUCUCUCAGCUGUCUGCGCCCUGCACCUCCACUCAAACCCUCUGCUGCACUGGGAUACAAAGAGAGGAUGUCUUAUAUCAUGAAGGACUCCAGCAGGAGCCCGCGGCCCAUAAAGAAGUUCCUGCCAGGCAACAGGAAGAAAGAGCGGAAGCCCUCUGAUGACGAAGUUCAAACAAGGAAAAGCACGGCCGCUCUGGAGGAGGACGCUCAGAUAUUGAGGGUGAUUGAGGCAUACUGCACGGGAGCCAGCUUGCACCAGAACACCACAGAAAUGUGUGUGUGUGUGUGUGUAGCGGUACGGAAAGAGUGCAUCCCUCAGGUGCUUCUGCCAGAGGAAGAGAAGAUCAUUGUGGAGGAGAUGAAGAGCAAUGGGCAGACAGUUAUUGAGGAAAAGAGCCUAGUUGAUGCUGUGUAUGCUUUAAAGGAUGAGGUUCAUGAACUGAAAAAGGAGAAUAAGUGGAUGAAGCAGUUUCUGGAGGAGGAGCAGAAGUCUCGCAAAGAGCUGGAGAGAGUGGUUCGAAAAAUGGCCAAGCAGAAGAAUGAUUGUGCUUGGGAUGAUAUCAGCCACUGAACACAUCCAUACAAUCAUCUGUGUGUGUGUGUGUGUGUGUGUGUGUGUGUGUGUGUGUGUACAUGCUCAUUGAGGGUUAGGAAGGGUCAGGUGUGUGCGUGUGUAUUUGUGUUUCUGUCUAUGAGGCAUCUCCAUAUUUCAAUCACACAUAGCAGCAUUGGAGUGCCUCCCUGACGAUGAUGCUUGGAGUGUCUUCGCUGGAACAUGAUUUGACAUUUUGAUGAAAUCUAAUCUGUCUUCCUGAUCCAGCCUCACCAGAUGAGACUACAAAUAUGCCUCCUCAUGAAGCAGCUCAGCUAAAGUAAGACUGAUCAAGUGGGAUGUUUCAAACAUACUGCCUCUUGGCGAUUGGCACUGUGAACAGUCCCCAGACAAUGGAACCAUUUUGGACACAAGUUUUCUUCUUUUGCUUCAGUUGGAUAUAGAAAAGGAGUACGAAGCAGAGUAAAAAGCAAAUCCAAGAGGUGUUCUCCUGCAUGCACUUCUGUUACAAAGGGGACAUGUUUUUUUUCACUUCACAUCAUUACUUUUUUUGUUUUGUUUGUCACAAGGACCCCCAGUGGAGAAAUGGGUUCAUUGAGCUUUCAUGAGCAUGUGUGAUUGGCAUUUUUGUAACAGUCUAGACACAUUGCAAGUUUCUGGGCCGUUUUGUAGGCGUUUAAGCAAUUCAAACAGGUUAGCUCACCAUGUUACAGUCAGUUGUUUCCAAAUGCAGCCCUUGACUGUUUAUUUAAAAACUGCAUGAAUGUACAGUGUUUUUACAGUAUGAAUUCUGCAUCAGAAAUGGUGAUAAUCAAGAUAUUCAGAUAUAUAGUCCAAAGCUAUCAGGGAUGCAGCUGCAUAAUAGAAUAGAAAAAGCUUAACUAUGUAUCAUUUAUUAUACAAGAGUACACAAAUAAUGACAACGAUGUCACCCCUACUCUUCUUACUAAAAUGUAUUCAAAUAUAAUUUUAACAUUAAUUACAUAGCCUUGCUUUAUUUUGGAUUUUUAAAAAAUAUUCUUUAUUUAUUGUUCACCCAGACAUUUAUUGUGGUGUUAGCCUUAUAGAUAGUUUUUUCUGCCUUUAAAUCUGUCGGGAUUUUUAUUAAACUAAACUGAUGUGUAAAGGCAGAAAAUAAAUUCUUGUUUUGGCCAAGGGAAAAUAGACAUUUUUUAAUCACAAAAGAGGAAAAAUUACUUGCAGACUAAUAAUGAGUCUGACUUAAGAAUUGAGAGGUUUUUGUUUGCAGCCUCUUUGGCCUCCUGGCAGGUUCCUGCCGAGCUGAUGGAGACAGGCUGAGGAAAUAAACAGAGAGAGAUUUAUUUGUGGGUGUAGAGUAGAGCUCAACUGUUUAAGUGCCUCUCGAAGGGGUUGAUAAACUUAAAGAGAGUUUAAGACCAGACUGGGACUAAAUGCAUGAUUUAUAUUGAAAGUGUCAUAAGUGGUUUGUUUGUUGUAAUAUUUCAAUAAGAAUGGCUCAAGCUUAAUGGGUAUAUAUCGGGUCUGAACAGCAUACAGGGCUUGGUGUGCUAUUUAGGAUGCGGCCUCUUUACAUGGAUCCACAGCGGUACAUUUCCUCAUGAGGUUGAGUGUGCACUGUCAACACUGUUAUCUACUCUUGCUGCACUGCACAGCAGCAGUGGAUGCUAUUGAAAUGCAACACGUGACUGCUUUACUGACUGACAUCUGGGUUAGACCCAGCAUGGUAGGCCAGUUUUGGAGAUAUUGCAAUAAUAAUGAAUGAAUUAACCCAAUUUAUUAACCAAAAAUGGCCAGACCAUGUGGUUCAACCACCACAUGGUUAAGGCUGUUCAUUAUUUUUCAUUAUUUAAUCAAGUCUUUUGGCAUUGGUGAUUGUUUAAAGAUCACUGACAAGGUCCAAAUUUCCAUCUCAAAUGAUCCAAAAUGUAUUAAUAUUGUAAUACCGUACAAUCCCCGUUGGGAAGUGCUGUUUUUACGUUCACCUCUUUACAGGGAGGUCAGAGCACUGUGCAGGGUACAAGGCAGCACUGGUACAUCUGCAGCAGAGUCCUUAUCUUGCUCAAGGACACGUCAACAAGGGGAAAAAAUGCUUGCUCAGGUGCUGGAGGUGAUAUUUAAUUCGCUAUUCCUAUUGGAAGGCUCAGUUAGCAGCCAGAUUCUCUUCAGCAUUAAAGAGACUCUGCUUCCUGUACAGAUGUGUGACCACCGUCUCAUCAUAUAUUCACUGUUAAGAUUAACAUUAUUGCUGUUCCUGUACUCUAAAUUGUUUUCAUUAAGUACAACAUACUGUAGUUUUCAAUUCCCAAUAGCCUCAGUGAGCACUUACUGGUGGGAGGGGGUUGAACGCCGGUUUCAUCUUGUUUAUCUGAAAUGACGUCUCCAGACCACUGUGUGCAUUGUUUUUGAAAGGUUGUUCUAUGCAAUUAUUGUUGUUGCAAGUAUUGUAAUGCUUUUUUGUCACUCUGUACUUUGUGUUUGGUCAUUCUUUUAUUAAAGUUUUAAUAUAAUAAGCAAA